AUGCAUAAACAAAAAAACCCACAAACAUCACCACCAAGUGACGCAGAGGCGAUCACUCACCACCUCGCACUAGCAGACCAGUGCCCAGCCACAAGCUUAGUAGUGGAGGAGCGAACAAGACAGAUGAAAAUGAAAGUGCACCGUUAUAAUCAGACAUCAGGGUCUGGUUCUAGCCAAGAACAUGAGCGUGAGCAAUAUACCAAGUAUAAUAUACAAACAGAUCAGUACAGAAGUUGUGAUAACGUCUCUGCCAAAUCAUCAGAUAGUGAUGUCAGUGAUGUGUCAGCCAUUUCCCGAACCAGCAGUGCCUCACGCCUCAGCAGCACAAGUUUUAUGUCAGAGCAAUCUGAACGCCCUCGGGGCAGAAUCAGUACAUUUACUCCUAAAAUGCAAGGCAGACGGAUGGGGACUUCAGGGAGAAUCACUAAGAGCACAAGUGUGAGUGGAGAGAUAUAUAAGCUGGAGCACAAUGAUGGGAGUCAGUCGGACACGGCUGUCGGCAUGGUUGGAACAGGUGGGAAGAAAAGGCGUUCCAGCCUUAGUGCCAAAGUGGUUGCCAUAGUGUCUCGAAGGAGCAGAAGCACAUCCCAACUUAGCCAAACAGAGGCUGGCAACAAGAAGCUAAAGAGCACGAUACAGAGAAGCACAGAGACAGGAAUGGCAGCAGAGAUGAGAAGUCGUAUGGUUCGACAGCCAAGUCGGGAAUCCACUGAUGGCAGCAUAAAUAGUUACAGCUCCGAGGGCAACUUAAUAUUUCCUGGAGUACGGCUGGGCGCUGACAGUCAGUUUAGUGAUUUCCUCGAUGGACUUGGACCUGCACAGUUAGUAGGACGACAAACGCUAGCAACCCCUGCCAUGGGUGACAUCCAGAUUGGAAUGGUGGAUAAAAAGGGCCAGUUAGAAGUAGAAGUCAUUAGAGCCCGUGGCCUCACACAAAAACCUGGCUCCAAAUCUACCCCAGCUCCGUAUGUCAAAGUGUAUUUAUUGGAAAAUGGAGCGUGUAUAGCCAAGAAGAAGACAAGAAUUGCACGGAAGACCCUUGAUCCUUUGUACCAACAGACACUGGUUUUUGAUGAAAGUCCACAGGGUAAAGUCCUUCAGGUAAUAGUUUGGGGAGACUACGGCCGAAUGGACCACAAAUGCUUCAUGGGAGUUGCCCAGAUCCUUCUGGAGGAACUGGAUCUGUCCAGUGUGGUAAUAGGCUGGUAUAAAUUAUUUCCACCUUCAUCACUAGUGGAUCCAACCUUGACUCCCCUGACACGCAGGGCUUCCCAGUCGUCUCUGGAAAGUUCAACCGGGCCUCCCUGCAUUAGGUCGUAGUAGCAGGUGCUGUCUAAUAAAAACGUCACCCAGGAUAACAAUUGGAACCAGAUAUUCACAUGAUCAAAAAACACUGUUGGAGAGAGACAAUCAAUUCUGUUUUGCUUGUAGUAGCUAUCCAAAAAUAAGUCUGAGUUGUUUGUCGAGAGGUGGCUUAAACUGACAGAACAAAGGUAUAUCACAUACGGCCAAUCGAUUAGCAGCUAUCACCGAUGCUUAUAGUGAUGAAAAAGAAAAAAAAA